AUGAGGACAUUCAUACAUGUAUCUCGGGGGCUGGGGCAAAGCGGCAAGGCGACGCGCGUGAUGAAACGCCGAGAUAUUACAGAACGCCCUCAGCACCGACUCGCGGAGGUGGGGACGGCGUGCGGGGAUGGCGGCUUCGGCCUCUGCGUCUCGUCCUGGCGGGCCACGCGCUCACCGCCCCCCGUCGUCACGUCAUGUUAA